AUGUUUUCCAGCCUUCGAAAGAAAAAUAAAAGUCAAGACAAUACUAAAAAUAACUUGUCUAACCCUAGAGUUUCAUCAGAAAUACCAGUAACAGGUUCUAGUCAAAGAUCUGUAAAUGCUUCAUUAAAUUCUAGUAUUCGUCCAAACCCUUUAUUAACAACAAACACUACAAAUGUAAAUACACUAUCGCUGGUAUCAGGUAAUCUAGUAGUUGGCUCUAAUAAAAAAAGUGAUCCCAAUACUAGUGCUUUUUCAAACCCGCGUGAGCCUGUAGAGAAAUCAAAUACUAGUGAACCAUUUAAAGGCUUAAAAGCGUCUGAUUUUUCAAGCAGAUUUGGACAUAGCAAGCCUUCAAAUAAUUCUACUAUUUCUGUGAAUUUUAAUGACAAUAAUACUAAUACACAUUUAGAUGUGAAAGAUGAUUCUCUAGCAAUUCACGGUGAAGAUUCGCAGUAUCGGCAUGUAGCUUUAGAAUUAUCCUAUCAUGAACAACGAUAUUCUAAUGAAGCUAUACUUGUUAAUACAGAUCUGAUACCAGGUUGUAAGGAUGGUGAUUUAUGUGAAUUGAAAACUUUCCAUAAAGAUAAAAUAUCUUAUCUUAAUAACUUGGAUCCAAAUUACCAAGAUAUUAAAAAGGAUAGAAAAUAUUUUAAAAGAAUAUUUUUCAUCGCAAAAGAUCUUAAAUUACAUUGUAACACAAAUAAUAAUAAUGGUAAUGACAAUAGUAAUGAUAAUAAUUUAAAUAGUAACAAUACUGAUAAUAUCAAUAAUAAUAAUAAUAUCAAUAAUAAUAAUAAUAAUAAUAAUAAUAAUAAUAAUAAUAAUAAUAAUAAUAAUAACGAUAAUAAUAUAAGCAACAAUAAUAUUGCCAAUAACACAAAUACGGCUAAUACAGUUAAUGUUUCGAAUAACCCUAAUACAAGUAGUGUAAUGAAUAUAAAUUUAAAUACUAAUGAUCUUGGUAAGCAUUUAUUAGGUACGCAAAAAUUAUCAAAUAAUCCCUUAAACACUAUUCAGAUAUCUAUCUUACAAGGCCAUCUACAAACUACUUUAGGUUUACCGUCAAGGUCAACUAUUUGGGUCAGAGUUAAAGAAAAAAAAAUAAGUGAGCUUGUUGAUCUUGUAGAAUUACAUAUUAGAGAUUAUUUAUUAAAUCGUGGAGAUAUGUGGGGGCUAUCCUCGACCAUGCAAGAUACCUGUGUUUAUACUGGUCAGAAAUUGAAUUUCAUAAACUCAAGUAUCAGAACUACUAUAAAAGCUAUAUAUAAAAAUGGCAGGAAAGUAUUUUCUGGUUAUAUUGGUGAGUCUACGAAGAUAGUAUUUAGGUCAGAUUCUGCCCGAUUAAUUUUUCUAGUUCAAAUAACUGAAGAAAUGUGGAAUUUUGAAGAAAAUGGAGAGCAAUUGUUCCAAAAACUUGUUAACUCAUUUUUCCCCAAGAUUUUUCAAAAGUGGAAAUCAAUUGACACUCAUCAUACUAUAUCUAUUGCAUUUUGUAUUUCAAUGGACUUAUCUGAUUCUGAAAGUUAUAAAACGUUGAAACCUGGCGAAAAAUUGAAAAAUACUACAGAUUUUUAUCGUGUUGUGGUCGAUCAAGUUAGCAUAAUUCAUUGGAUUCAUAUCAUGAAUACUUUAAAAAGGGAAUUUAUGACAUUAUUAAAGGAUUUAAAGAAUCAUAAAGAAAUUGUUAAUGGUAUUGAGAUUACAAAUUUGAAGGGCAAUAUUACACCUGCUAUUAAAUCAAAUUUUCUGGAAAUGAUUAAUUUUGCAAGCACAUAUUUGAUGGAUCCAUUUAGGCAAAUAGAUCUUAAAAAGACAGCAACUCAUUUAAUGAUUGUCACUCCAGGCGCGGGGCUAUAUGAUGUCGAUUUUGACUUGUUAAAACUAACUACGAAGAAGCUGUUAUCUAUGGAAAUUGGCAUUGAUUUAAUUUCUUUAUCAUCAUCACCAUUGCAUAUAGUUCCAUUGUUUCGUUAUCUGGAUUAUCAAGGUAAGUUGCACCAUUGUAUCCCAACUUGGGUUAGUAUCUUUUUUUGGAAUGAAUCUCAUAAAAAUGCUGUUGAAAAAUGGCAACCAAGAUGUAAAUUUUAUAACUUACAAAUGACAGGUCUAAGUGAAAAGGAGUUAUUGAAGGAAAUAGAAUUAGACUACUUGAGUACUGAUUCUUACCUUGGAAAAGAGCCUGAAUCGGUUUCUGAAUUCAUGCAUCACUAUGAUAACAACCUAUACUUUUUACCUCAUAGAAGUAAUGGCCAAGAUGCGCAUGAUAUAUCACAUUCUACUACUUAUCAACAUACAACAAUGCAUAAAGUGUACGGAAAUUCUACAAGAGAAGAAUUGCUAACUUCUACAGCUAACAUUUUGACAACAAAAGUUAGGCAGAAUUAUUGGGCAGAUAUAAUGGAUAAACGAAAACCAAAAUCUCUUCAAGUAUCUUCAAAUUUAACAUGGAAUACUUCUAAAUUUGCUAAGCCUAUUGUUGAAGAGGUGCAAAAACCAAAAGUACUGGCUGAUAUGCAAAUUUUUAACGGAGAGGAAGAUAGUAUACCUAACUCCUCUGACUCGGAUAUUCCAAUUGGAAACGAGCAGUUAAAUACCCAAAAAUCCUAUCAGACAGUAUCAAAUGAAUCAUCUAUUGCGGUAGACUCUUUGAAAGUUAUUACUAAGAAGAAUCAUGUGAAAGAUCUCACGCAUAAACUAGUUAAUAAGUUUCUGCCAGAAUGGACAUUUGAUAGAACUUCAUCCACGCAAGAAUAUCAUCCAGAUGGACAAGAUAGUAAUGAUAAAAAUAAUGAGACUAAUUUACCUAGUCACCGUAGAAAAAUACUUAUGUCAAUCACUGGUUCAUCAUCAUCUUAUUCUGUAGGUUCAAAAGAACAACAAUUAGUCGUGAAUUCUGUAGAACAGUUAAGACUUGAUUCAACCACAAACAUUGGAGCACAUAGGUACAUGGGGCCUUUAAAGCAAGCAUCUGUAUCACCCAUAAAAUCUGUCAGUACUUUUACUUCAAGAGAUAAUGAAGCUUAUUAUUCUAAAAAUCGUACUUGGGUGGAAAUUAAAAAUCCAUCUUUUCCAAUAACCAACGAUAUUGCCGAUUUUUUCAUUCCAAUACGUUGGAGAAAUGUGUAUCCAAAAUAUUUGCCCAAGAAAUAUUCUAAGUGGAAAUCUUUUUCAACUCCAGCUGAAUUGCCAUCUACUGUUAAUGAUUUCCCAAAUAAGGAAGAUUUUGAAAAUAAUUUUAUAUUUCGAAAUCAUUCAGUGACUCCAAAUAUUGAUCAAGAGCCCUACAACAGAUCAGGUAGAGAAUUAUUAUUCAAUAUGAUUUAUAUUAGGUUAGUAGCAGGGUUUCAAAUAUGCAUUGGGCCUAAGGUAGAGAAAAUUGAAUCAUCUAAAGGCACGAAUUCCGAGAAAUGUUCUGUUUCAAGGUAUGUGACUAAUAAUAUUGUGGGUAGCACUUUUUACUUAAAAAUGGACUCCGAAAUUCAUAGACUUGCAUGUGAAGUCGAAGGAACUAUCGAUGUUCAAAGGUAUCUGAGAAGUGAUGAGCUUAACCCAUAUGACCAGGUCCCAAGUUAUAUGCCAAUGGUUAAAACCAAAUAUGAGAAACUGUAUAGAGCAAUUAAAACCGAUCCAAUUCAUCUCUGUAGAAAAUCUCGUAAUUGGAAUCAAAUUGAUCAAAUAAUUGCUGGCUACGGCGAAUAUCUGAGGAGUGAUGAUGAGGAAUGGUUAGGUUUCAGAGCAAAAUUUAUUGUUGUCCCAAAUGACCUUGUCCCAACUACUAACUAUUCAACUAUUGUGAAUGGUAGAAAUGAAGUUUUAUCUCCAGAAGAAUUAAGACUAGAAGGUUUAAGACGUCUAAUCACUUCUAUUAAUCGCAGCAAAGUGUGCACUAGUAAAGAAAAGGCAGAUAAAAAGAAUAUCAAGGAUGAAUUUAUUCCUGAAAUUACGUUUUAUACAGGAUCGUUAUUUAACUUAAUUAAAGAGCAAAAGGAAUCCUUGGAGAAAUCAAAAAUGAGUUUUAAAGAUUCAAUUUUUUCAAGAAUUAGAAGACAAUUGACCAAAGAAACUGAGCUAACGGCAUUGGCUAAAAAAUUGCAACAAAAGGAUGGGGGAUUAUGUUUAAAUACUAGAACAUGGCAUUGGAAGAAGUUUAAGAAUUGUUUUGUUGGUUCUGACAUGGUAACCUGGUUACUGCAAAAUUUUCUAGAUAUUGACUCAAGAGAGGAGGCCAUUGAAUAUGGGCAGCAAUUACUAGAUAAAGGUAUGUUUAGUCAUGUAUUCAAUAAGCAUGGGUUUUUGGAUGGUCACUAUUUUUAUAUCAUGUCGAAUGAAUAUAUUAUUGAGGACAGACACUUGGAAAAAUCAAAUUCGGGCUCUAGAGGCUAUAAAGACAAUGUUUCUAUUUUGAGAACAGAAAGUAAUGAGUGUGAUAGUAAUAAUGAUAAUGUUUCUAAUUUGUCUCCAAUGCGGUCCAGAACAAUUAAAGUUACAGAAGUGUCAUCUAAUAUAAAUGAUAAUUCAGAAAGCGGUUCAAAGCCAAUUGUAAUGUUAAGUAAUUCCUUAAAUAUCAACUUUGAUACUGGUGGGCACUCAAGGAAACUAGAAUUGGGGGUGGUACAUUAUGAUAGGGUCCAUAAUCCAGACCACUGUUUUCAUCUUCGUUUGGAAUGGUUAACAUCUACUCCUAAAUUAAUUGAUGAUUUAAUAGGUAAUUGGUCCAGAAUUUGUGAAAGGUAUGGAUUGAAGUUAAUUGAAGUUCCGUGGGAAGAACUUUCCAAAAUGCCUUACUAUAAUCCGUUUCAUUCAUUUGUUCAGUUAGAAACAGUUAUCAAUCCUUGGGAGGAUGCUGAAUUUAAUAUUCCUGAAAUAUAUGAAGAGAGUAAAUAUUAUUAUCAUUCCUAUCUAUUGACAUCAUUUGGAUUCUCACUAGAUAAUAGAGCAUCAACCUUUCUUCAUUCAUCAGACUUUGACUUUGAAGUUCGAUAUUCUUGGGGUAAGCCACAGUUUAAGUACGUCCAAUACAUACAUACUGGAGGUUCAAGUAUUGCAGAAAUUAGAGAAAAUGGAAGAUUAUUUUUAGCGCCAAACAAUGCAUAUAUUUCAAGAAUGAAUCAAGGUAACGUUGUGGGUAAGAGCAGAAAAUCAAUGACCUCAUCUGUUGACUCUGAAUCUAUUGUUCUAAAAUUGAAAGAGACAUGUAGCUCAUAUGAAAAAUUAAGGCCUGUAUUUUUAGAAGCUAAAGAACUAUUUUUAAACCAGCAAGCUAUUGGGGAAGAGCUAUAA